AUGUCUUACACUUUUUUACUCGCCAAGUCUCAUUCACUAGAAAUUAUUGUUGCAUACGCAGACAACAAAAGUUUAAAUUCCCACAAAUGGAAUGAGACUUCACUUCUUGAGAUAACUCAAUCUCUUAGCUCCUUUAUUGACUGGCACAAAUGCAAAAUUCCAAAUAUUAGAUCAUGCGUCGAGAAAUUUCCGAAUUCUCUUAUUCUGCUCGACUUAUCAAAUGACCUAAAUACUCAGAUCCAAAUCUCACAAAUCUGUAAUAAUCAUUUUUUAUAUAGUUUUACCCUAUUUUUUCCAGACAAAAAGAUAUUUCAUCUCUAAUGUUCAUCCAUAGUAAAUCCUUAUAAUUCAUCUUGUUUACCAAAGUAAGCUAAAAUUUAAAGAUGAGUGGACAUAUUCUAUUGUGCCAUCAAAUAAGGAGCAAUUAAAAGCUUUAUCAUCAAUUUUUGACUAUUUUAAUUGAACAAAAGGGCUAAUUUUUAGUAAUCAAGAGAGUUUUGAGGUAGUAGAAAAAUUUUCAAAUGAUUUUAAUAUUUUUACUAUAGAAACUGGUGAGGGUCAACUCUUUAUUGCAUUUUUUCAGAUUUAUAUGAAUCACUGAAAUUGCAAAUUUCAUUAA